UCACUUCUCAAGUAUUAUAUUCAGCAUGAACACCAAGGUCCUUCUCCUCAUCUGCCUCGCAGCCGUUGUAACUGCCGACAGCAGGGAAUCAUUCGAAUCCUACGAGUCAGGUGAGGCCAAAUACGACUUCAACUGGGCUGUCAAUCAUGACGACUCUGGCAACGACUUCGGGCACCAGGAGGCACGUGACGGCGACCACACACAGGGGUCCUACUACGUGCAGCUUCCCGACGGCCGCCUGCAGACCGUCAAGUACUUCGUGGACGGCGACUCCGGCUAUGUGGCCGAAGUCAGCUACGAGGGCGAGGCUCGUUACCCCGAUUCAUACGAGUCAAAUGAAUCGAAAUAGACUCUUUGACUUUUAAAACCGCAUGUGAAAUGACCCAAUGGAUGAAAAAGCAUAUCUUAUAUAGAGAUUCUUGUAAAUAAGUUUUUAUUUAUGUAUGAUUAAUAAAAUCAUAUCAGACCUUCAA